AACAAUCGAAAAACAGUGCACCUCUCGUCGUCUCGGCAUCUGUUUAGUUUUUUUAAAGUUGUUGGCGAAAAUUCUAGCUGGUGGAAUUCGGCGAAGCAGUGAAGUGUUGGCGAAAGCAGUUGGAUACGGAAGGAAAGUGCUUGGAAAAUUAUGCCUAACAACAACCAGGUUCGUCGGGAGGAGAGGGCUGCCGCAGAAGAUGUACAGCGACAACGCCACGAACUUCGUGGGAGCGAGCAACGUGCUCAAGGAUCUGAGCGCAGCGUUUCACCGCAGUCAGGAACAGUUGAGAGGAUACGCGACUCACAGAGGCGUCGAGUGGUAUUUCAUACCGCCGAGGUCACCACACUUCGGAGGACUGUGGGAGGCAGCAGUCAAGGCCGCCAAACACCGGCUGCUGCGAGGAGUCGGCAACGCCAAGCUGACAGCGGACGAGCUCAGCACCCACCUGGUCGAGGUAGAAGCGCUGCUCAAUUCUCGACCAAUCGCGUCGCCAGGCAACGAUCCCAACGAUGGAGAGGCCCUGACUCCAGGACAUCUGCUUAUCGGACAGCCUCUAAUCACGCUGCCGCAAGAGUCCGGCACAGGCGGAAUCUCCAGCAAGGCCAGUUGCGGAUAUUUGAGGCGGUGGCGAAUGCUGUCCGAUCUCAAGCAGCAGUUUUGGGCCAGCUGGUCCAAGGACUACAUCGCCAGCCUGCAGCAUCGCAACAAGUGGUGCGUCGAGGGCCGCGAUCUGGAGGUCGGGUGUCUGGUGCUCGUGCACGAGGACAACAUGCCCCCGCAAAGGUGGCUUACAGGCCGCGUGGUGGCAACAACAGUCGGUGAGGACGGAAGAGUGCGUGUGGCGGAGGUACGGACGUCAGGAGGCGUCAUCAAGCGCGCCACCCACAAGCUGGCAUUGCUGCCAGUAAGCAACGCUCUUAACGAGGAGGUUAAAGCGCCGGAGGCCUUCAACGGGGCCGGAAUGUUGGAGCAGUAGAUUAAGUUUUAUUGUUAGUUUUAAGGAAAGAUGAAAAGAAAUAAUUAUUUGAAUACGCAGGCAAAAUGUAAACAAACCACCUUAAAAACCAAUGUACAAAAGCUUAUCAGUUUCACUCAAUCUUGAGCACAGCCGAGUUGUUGUGAUCUAACUGAUAAGCUUUUCAGUUCGUGGCUAUGCGAAGUGUUAUGCUGC